AGCUCUACCGGUACCGCGGAACCGCCGCUCCGCCCAACGGCACCGGGCCGUGCACACGAGGGUGGCACUACGCGAUGCCCGCCGCAGGGCUGCGCUCCAAUCUGGUCACCGAGUGGGACCUGGUGUGUGCUGCACGAUGGAAGGUGCCCCUGGAGCAAACCACGCACCUGCUGGGCUGGGCGCUGGGCAGCGUCACUGCGGGCAUGGCCUGCGACAGGUUUGGCCGCCGCCCCACGUUCCUGCUGUCCCUGGGGCUGGCGGUGCCGCUGGGGCUCGGCGUGGCGUUGGCCAUUGACUUUGUCAUGGUGCUGGUGGCUCGGCUGCUCUUCGGGGCCGCGCUGGCCGGAGCUUUCCUGUCCCUCUACGUGGCACGGCUGGAGCUGUGUGACCCCCCGCACCGGCUGGAGGUGACGAUGAUCGCCGGCUUCUCCUGGCUGGCCGGGGAGCUGCUGCUGCCGGGGCUGGCGGUGCUGUGCCGGGACUGGCGGGUGCUGCAGGGCGCCGUGACGGCCGUGCUGGCGCUGCUGGCGGCGUGUUGGUGGUGCCCGUCGCUGCUGCUGGAAUCCCCUCGUUGGCUGUUGGCCACGCAGCAGCUGGACCGGGCCAGGAAGACGCUGCGGGCGCUGUCGGGGAGCGGGGCCGAGGAGCAGAGCGGCACCAUGGAGGAGCUGGAGGCGCUGGCGGAGCAGUGCCCGCAUCCCCGCUACCACAACGUGUGCGAGAUCUUCGGCACCAGGGUCAUCUGGAAGAACGCCGUCAUCCUCGGCUUCACCGCGUUCAUCGGCUCCGGUAUCCGGCACUGCUUCUCCCGCAAUCUGGCCCCUCACCUCCCUCGUUUCUUCCCCGCAUACUUCGCGUUGCGGGGUCCCGAGGCGGCCGCGUGUCUUUUCCUCUGUGUCACCGCGGAGCGCUGCGGGCGUCGCUCUGUGCUGCUGCUGUGCACGGUGCUGACCGGCACCGCCUCGCUCCUGCUGCUGGCGCUCACCCAGUACCUCCUGGAGCUCAUCGUGCUGAUGCUGUCCGUGCUGGGGGUCACCGCCUCGCACGCCGUCACCAUGCUCAGCAUCUUCUUCGCCAGCGAGGUGCUGCCCACCGUGGUCAGAGGCGCUGGGCUGGGUCUGGUGGUGGGGGCCAACCUGGUGGGCUCCGCGGCCGCCCCCAUCGCCGCCGUCGCCAGCAGCCGCGGGUUCUUCCUGCACCACCUGGUGUUCGCGUCGUUCGCCAUCCUGGCGGUGCUCAGCAUCAUGCUGCUGCCCGAGAGCCAGGGCCGCCGCCUGCCCCACUCCCUGCAGGACGGCGAGAGUCAACGCCGCCCCCCCCUCUUCCGCCGGCCCCCCCGCGAGGAUCACCUCCCCCUGCUGGCCCCCCGCGGGAUCCCCCACGACUAUUCCCGCAUCGUCCCCUCUGCCCAGAGGGCGCUGGGGUCGGGCCGCGGCCCUGCGGGUCCCACCGAGACGUAGCCACAGCCCCCGGGGGGGCUCCCAAUUCUACCGGGCCGAAGGGGGGGGGGAGGAUUGGGGCAGGCCCAGCGCUGGGUGCACGCAGACACCCCUUCCCCAGUGGAAAGGGGUCAGCGCUGGGCCCCCGCUGCUCCGAGCCCCCCAUCCCCGUGCCCACCCCUCCGCCCCCACAUCGCUGGGCCGGAUCCUGCCCCUGGAGGAGCGCUGCUGGGAGUCCUGGGGCGGGGGGUGAUGCCCCGAUGGGGCGGGGGGGGAGUGGGGGAGGAAUGCA